AUGAGGGCCCGUCGUCAACUGCUGUCGAAAACCAACGCCGCCGCUACCUCCCCGGAAGAAGCCCGUGUAAUCCCAACACGAACCACCCCGCCACAACCGAACAUUGGUGGCGGACUCAGAAAAAAGGUUGUCGGAUUCCGGCAAUGGCUCCUCCUAGAUUCUACAGGUCAGGCCCAAGUCGUUGAGGCCGGUAAAUACGCUGUUAUGCGGCGGACGGGCUUACCUGCACGCGAUCUCCGUAUCCUUGACCCCAUUUUAUCGUAUCCCUCCACCGUACUCGGCAGAGAACGGGCUAUCGUCAUCAACCUCGAACACAUUAAGGCCAUAAUCACCGCACAUGAGGUGCUUUUGGUUAAUUCAAAAGACCCAUCUGUUGCUCCUUUCGUUGAAGAACUCCAACGCCGUAUCCAGCGUCAUCAUCUCGCAACUGUAUCGCAGGAGGGAAAGUCUGAUGAAACAAACUGGACAAAUUUGUAUGAUUCAGGAGAACAACAAUCAAAGACUGUUACCUCAGAAUCCACAACCAGUCAAGAGAAAAUUGAAGAGGUUAAAACCGAAGGAAUCCCUUCUCUUGAUAGCCGAGAUGGACUAAAACACCUUUGUUUUGAGUUCAUUGCAUUGGAAGCCUGCCUUGAGGCUGCUUGCAGUUCACUGGACAAUGAGGCAAAAACGUUAGAGAGAGAAGCGCAUCCAGCAUUAGAUAAGUUGACAACAAAGAUUAGUACUCUGAAUUUGGAACGUGUUCGUCAAAUUAAAAGUAGGUUGGUUGCUAUUUCAGGACGUGUUCAAAAGGUUAGGGAUGAGUUAGAGCAGUUGCUUGAUGAUGAUGGUGAUAUGGCCGAAAUGUAUUUGACUCAUAAACUGGAGCUACAACUCGAAAAUGCUUCUGAAACUUCUGUAAAUGAGCAAGAUUUGGCGGAUGAACAAGUUCUUGACUCCGAAAUGCAUGACAGGUCUGGUCUUGAGAGCAUAGAUGAAGAUGAUUUCCAAAGGAUGAAUAGCCAGCAAGAACGGUUUUUUGGAUCUAAUGUUUAUGGAAGAGACAGUCGUGGGACCCGAAUGACUAGCAUGGCACGACUUGGUAUGAACAAACACCGUGAUGUUGAAGAACUUGAAAUGCUGUUGGAGGCAUACUUUGUUGAGAUCGAUGGUACACUGAAUAAAUUAUCCACGUUGAGGGAAUAUGUGGAAGAUACAGAAGACUACAUCAACAUAAUGUUGGAUGACAAGCAGAAUCAUCUUCUCCAAAUGGGUGUCAUGUUGUCAACAGCGAAUCUGGUAGCGAGUGCAUUCGUGGUUGUGGCUGGAAUCUUUGGAAUGAACAUUAACAUUGAUCUUUUCAAUGGUGAUUCUCCUGCUGAGAAGGACAUCGGUAUGCGUAAAUUUCUGUGGACUGUUGGUGGUGGUACCACUGGUAGUAUUUUCUUGUAUGUUAUGGCUAUCUCUUGGUACAAGAACCAAAGGCUUCUAGAGUGAUUAGAUGUGGAUAUGCAUAUAAUGACCCAUUUAGGAGAGUUAUUGUAGGGUACGAGUAAAUGAUCUUGUACAUGUAUAGCAGCCACAAUGACGUCAAAUGGUAUAUACAACGUACCUAAUGAUAAGCGUUUAAACAUUUAAAGCUCCAUUUGCUGUUGUUACAGCAGGAAGAAGCCAACAUUUUCCUACUCCAUUUGGACUGAGACGUCAAUGAGAUGGAAAUUACAUUUUUCUUGUCCUACCCAAAAGAUGGAACAAUUUAGGACUGGAUACCCUGCUUGUCCAUAUCACUGUGAUAUCGCAUCUACUGUAUAUAAAAACAUAGCAUCUAUUGUAUAUAAAAAUAUAGACUACAUGAUCUUCGUGAUCUUAGUUAUAAUUGAAGUUUAGUUUCAAAGAAU